AUGGAUGUUGAAAUUCAUUUGAAAUCGAUGGGCCUGGGUGAAACGAUUGCGAGAGGCCGUGGAAACAACAAAGGCCGGAGAUAUGGCAGGGGCCAAAAACGCGACCGUCCCCAACAUCGUCGAAAUAAUGGCAAGAAACCAUACAAGCCCCUGAAGUGGCAGAAUGACGAGCUGAAAAGAAAUUAUGAAGAUAAGUGUCACAGGUGCGGCACAAAGGGACACUGGUCGCGCGUCUGCAGAACGCCUAACCAUUUGGCUGAUUUGUACCAAGCUUCGCUGAAAAGGAAAAGUACGUCUGCUGACGUAAAUAUCUCUGAGCUGAAUAAUGAUGACGCAUAUGAUGAUGUCUUGAAGAACACGUCUGCUAGUGUAAACCUCGUUGAACAGAACAAUGAUGACACAUAUGAUGAUGUCCUAAACAGCGACCUUAUGCAUCUUGAUACAGCAGACUUCCUUGAGCACCCUGAAGGUGCCAAGUGA